UCUCCCAGGUGGGCACAUCAGAUCUAUUUGGGGCAAGCUUUGCUGACUGCCAUUCGCUUCUUCCCUUGUUCUCAAGUAUGUCUCGGGGGAUGGCGCUGCUGCUUCCCAGAAGCCUUCGUAGAGCAGCUGUGCUGGCGAUCCUGGUGGUGCUGAGCUCCCCUGCGGCAGAGGGCCACGACUCCCCAAAGGAUUUCGUGGUCCAGUUUAAGUGUCAGUGCUACUUCACCAACGGGACGCAGCGGGUGCAGUACGUGACCAGAUACAUCUACAACCUGGAGGAGCACCUGCGCUUCGACAGCGACGUGGGCGAGUACCGGGCGGUGACCGAGCUGGGCCGGCCGGAGGCCAAGUCCUGGAACAGCCAGCCGGACAUCCUGGAGCGGACGCGCGCCGAGGUAGACACGGUCUGCAGACACAACUACCAGGCAGAGCUCCUCACCUCCUUACAGCGGCGAGAGAAGCCUAUGGUGACCAUCUCCCCGUCGAAGAGAGAGGUUCUGGACCACCACAACAUGCUGGUCUGCUCAGUGACAGAUUUCUACCCCAGCCAGAUCAAAGUUCGCUGGUUUCGGAAUGACCAGGAGGAGACAGCUGGCGUUGUGUCCACCCCUCUUAUUAGGAAUGGGGACUGGACCUUCCAGAUUCUGGUGAUGCUGGAAAUGACUCCCCAGCGAGGAGAUGUCUACACCUGCCAAGUGGAGCACCCCAGCGUCGAGAGCCCCAUCACGGUGGAGUGGCGGGUGCAGUCUGAAUCUGCCCAGAGCAAGAUGCUGAGUGGCGUCGGGGGCUUCGUGCUGGGGCUGAUCUUCCUCGGGCUGGGCCUUAUCAUCCAUCACAGGAGUCAGAAAGGAUCUCGUGGGUCUCCACCAACAGGGCUCCUGCACUGACUCCUGAGGACAUUUUAACCCAGGAUUGGUUAUUGCUUCUGUAAUGCCUGCCUUCCUGUCCUUGCCUGGAACUCCCUACUGCCUCAGUUAACCUGUGCCUCUCUGAAAUCAGAGUCCUACAGACCCGGUUGCAGCUGCCAGCUCACCUCCUCUGACCCUGAAGUCUCUGCCUGUGUGCUCCCAGCUGUCUACUCAGACCCCAGGGGUUUCUCUGUUUCCAUUCCCCACUCCCACAGAUUGCUCAAGAGAAGUACAUCAAAACCAUUUUCCUGAACUUGGAAUUUUUUUCAUAAUUAAAUGUGAUUAUGAGUUACUUGUA